GUCGUGUGGACUGGGGGAAAUAUAAAGCACAGCAUAUGGACGAACUCGCUCUCUUUCUGGGCGCUUACGUGACAAGGAUUGAAUCGGAGGGGAGUGAUCUCAAUUUUCAACAAACACUCGGCGGCCUUCCUUCGUGGGAAAGAAAUUUUGCUUUUACCUCAACUGAAAACUUGUAAGUGGGGGUGGAGCUGUGGAGCUGUGGAGCCUUGGUUGAUUCGGACUGGCCAUUUGUUUUAUUUCACUGCAGUUUGCUCGUGACCCAAGGGAGGGUUGGAAAUAAGAUUUGGGGCAGGGGGGAUGGCUUGCCAGGAGAUUCAUUCGUGGACGUUUGGUGGAUUGGUGGGCGCCUAUCUUGAUCUCGCUAUAGCCUAUCUUCUACUGUGUGGAUCAACUCUUGCCUUUUUCGCCUCUAAGUUUCUGAGCUUUUUUGGCUUGUGUUUGCCAUGCCCUUGCAACGGCUUCUUUGGCAACCCAAAUGGAGACAAUUGCUUGCAAAAGUUUCUUGUUGAUUACCCAACUGAGAGGAUCUCUUCCGUUCAAUUGUGCGUGAAGAGCAAAUUCCCCUUUGAUUCGGUGUGGGCAAAUGAAGGGAGUCCCCAUCCCAAUUGGAAGUUGCUGAAAGGGAGAAACAGUGAUGAUGGGGCGGUUGGAUUGGAAGGUGAAGCCUCGUGUAGCUCGUUUUGGGAUGUGAUGAGAUCCCCGGAUAUAGCUGGGAAAGACUCAAUUUCAAGAAAUGGAUCCUGUGGAGUGAUGAACACGCCGGCUUUGAAAGAAGGAAAGUCCGAUACGAAGGGGAAAAGGGUUAGCAAUCAGAGGCCCAAAACAGGUGUUCGGCGCCGUCGGAGAAGUGCAGUUGAUCAUGGGAAGUUUUCUUCAGUUUCAUCAUUUGAUCCUCCACGCUUGGAUGCACCAAGUGGUCUUCGGUCUCCUUCUAGUGUCAGUGAAACAGGUGAGGCAUUUGUUGGAAAAACCUUGGUCCCUGAUGCUUCCGGUGGGGAGGAUGGUUUUCAGGAUGAGUUGGUUCCCAUUCUUAUUGAUUUGGGAGAAAGAGCCCUACAUGGCAUUAAGUUGAAUGAACACAUUGAUGAAGAUAAGCCCUCUGAGAAGGAUGCAUCAUCUGCUGAAGAGGUGAAAUGCAAUGCACGAGGAAAGCUAUCAUUUAAUGGUAACACAGAAAAUACAGUUAGAGUCUUGGAACAAGCCCUUGAAGAAGAGCAUGCUGCUCGUGCUGCUCUGUACCAUGAGCUCGAGAAAGAGAGAAGCGCUGCUGCAUCUGCUGCAGAUGAGGCUAUGGCUAUGAUAUUGCGUAUCCAAGAGGAAAAGGCAUCAAUAGAAAUGGAAGCUCGGCAAUUUCAGAGAAUUAUAGAAGAAAAAUCUGCUUAUGAUGCUGAAGAAAUGAACCUUCUGAAAGAAAUUCUUCUAAGGAGAGAAAGGGAGAAACAUUUCUUGGAGAAGGAAGUUGAAGCCUAUAGGCAAAUGAUGUUCUCUGAAAAUGAUCUAUUAGAAGGUAAUACGCAUGAUAUAGUUGAUACACCAGAACAGAGGCCCAUUUCUUCUCUUUAUUUAAGUGAGGACCCAGUAUUGAUGCUGCGGCGGAUUAGUGAAUCUAUUGAUAAAGAGGAAAAGGUAAAAGAUGCAGAUAGAUGUUCUGUUUAUGAAUCAACAUCUAUAGAGAUGAAAUAUCCUACCCUUUCUUUUAGUAAAGAAUUACCUAUUCCCGAUUGGGAAGAAGAUGCAGACUUGUCAAAAGGAGGGGAGAUUCAUGUGAAUCCAAACGUUGGCAAACACCAUUCACAUAAAUCAGGACUUAAUGGUAAGUGCAAUGAAGAGUUUCAAGAGAAGGGAAUGUUACCAGUGGAUGAGAAUCAAUGUGCUCAGAAAAGAGGGGUGCAGAAACUAGGGGCAUGUUCACAGUUAUAUAGGUCAAGCAGUUCUCAAGAAAAUUCUUUUCUUGAGAAAGCUAGUGCCCCAAUAGGUGAAGACCAAAAACAAAGUGGUGAAAUCAAAUUAUUUCAAGGAAUUAUAUCAACGACAACCAAAACUCAUGCUGAAGCUGAGAUGCAUGUUCCACAUGAUGGUGAAGAUCUGGACAAGCUCGGAAAGACUGCAGAUCACGAAAGCAAAGAUCACUGUUGCUCAGCAUUUGAUAUUGAGCCUCGUGUUCAUGAUGUUCAUGUCAUUGAUCAUGAAUCUAAUCUGUGUAAUGAGGCAAAUGAAAGCAAAAUUGAACAGACUCCAGAUAUUCCUGCAAAACUUGACCCCCCUGUUGAAGCUUCUCUGAUUCAAAGGAUUGGUGUUGUUUGUGAUUUUCCGAUGAUGAGCACAUUGGAAAGUGAAACAAACAAUGACCAAAGCUUUUCAGACAUAACUAAUGGGUUGCCACCACUGGGUGGUUCACGAGGAAAAGCUUUGCUUUCUGAUAUGCGGAGACAUUCUAUCUCUUCAGUUGAUAAUGAAAGGUUGAAGAUUGAAACUGAAGUUGAGAGGCUCCGAGAAAGGUUGAGGAUUGUGCAAGAAGGAAGAGAGAAGCUCAACUUCUCUGUGGAGCACAGGGAGAGGGAAAAUAUUCAAUUGCAACUUUUGGAGGAUAUAGCAAGCCAGCUUAGAGAGAUUCGGCAGCUAACUGAACCUGGGAAGGCUGUACGCCAGGCUUCUUUGCCUCCUCCAUCUUCUAAGGUUAUGUCAAAGAAAAGGCGCUGGCGAAGUGCAUCCUUAGGAGUGCAUCAAAGCACUUAAAUCAGGUAAAACUAUUACUCAUACACCAACAGAGCUGGUUGUGUUGUGUUGACUACCUUAAAUGCUUGAGAACUUUCUUGUACUUGGAAUCAUUUACAAGAAAGAUGGUUAGCACUUGAGCAUUCUGUUUCUUUUUGUUACUUGGAGUUCACUUACAUGGGCUUUGGUUGUAUUAGUAUUCUACAGUCAUUUUUCUUGACAUUAAUUUCUGUGGACAUACAAACUGUGUUGUAGAACUCCUCUGGAGAGCCUUACCUGAGCCUUCAAACAGCAUGUCUAUCAUUGAGACUGGAUGAAGUUGCGACUUAAUCAUUAACAGGAGAUGGUAGGAUUGCAGUUGUAAAGUUAAUGAGCAGCAUAGUUUGUGAAGAGUUCUAGCCAGGUAGCUACCCCUCAGGAAGUUGGUUUAUCUUGAUUCUUGUCUUUCUUAUUAGCUGGGUAGUCUCUUAGACAAAAGUGGCAGCCAAGUACAUUGCAUCUUGAGCUGCAUUUAUUCUGUACUUGUAUUGAUUCAGUUCCCGUGCUUGUACAUAUCUAGUUGGAUAAAGUCAGGAGACAAUGAAAUAAUGGAUGAAUAAAAGUAAUAUGAGGCAGUUUUAGGUUGUACAUAA